AUGGCGUACAUUGCACCCAUACAUCGACCUAGCAGCGUCCGCCAUGCUCUCAAGCUCAACUUCCUAGCUCCAGACGAGGACUGCCUCGUCGUUGCUAAAUCGAAUAGACUCGAGUUCUACACGCAAAAUGCCGAUGGGUUGGCUCUCCAGCACUCAAAAGCCAUAUAUGGCAAAGUCACUAUGCUCCAGAAGAUGCGCCCUGCACUAUCGCCGACAGACCACCUUUUCGUAGGGACCGAUCGGUUCAUGUACUUUACACUAUCUUGGAACCCCGAAAAGAAACAACUGCAAACCGAGAAAUCAUUCGCGAGCGUGGCCGAUAAUGCUGCAAGAGAGUCACAAACCGGGGAGAGGUGUCAUGUCGAUCCAACGGGACGCUUCAUGACGGUGGAAGUCUACGAAGGAAUCAUAACAGUCAUACCGCUAGUACAGAGGGGGAAGAAGAGAAAGCAAGAGGCAGACAUUGCCCACCUUGGGGAGCCCCAGCCAGUCAGGCUAUCAGAAAUGUUCGUUCGCUCGUCUGCGUUCCUACAACCCAGAUCCCACGAUGACAAGCCGAAGCUGGCUUUACUGUACGAGGAUACACAUUCACAAGUAAAGUUGAAGCUGCGGGAAUUGACAUUUGCUGGCGGGGAUCAGGUCGAGUUAGAGGAGGGAGAGAACUGCAGGGCAGAGCUAGAACUUGGGUCUAGCCACCUGAUACCGAUCGAGGAGCCUGUGCAUGGCCUGGUUGUCAUCGGUGAGACUUCAAUUGGGUACUACGAUGAUGAAGCCGGGGAGCUACAGACCGAGCCAUUGGACGAAGCCACCAUCUUCGUUGCCUGGGAACGAAUUGACGGGCAACGUUUUGUGUUAGCCGAUGACUAUGGGCGCCUAUACCUUUUCAUGCUCAUUCGCGACGGACAGAGUAGGGUACAAUCGUGGAAGCUAGAUGUCAUUGGCCAGACAUCUCGAGCUUCAGUAUUAGUCUAUCUGGAUGCCGGAUUCGUCUUUGUCGGCUCACACCAAGGCGAUUCCCAAGUCGUCAGGAUCGCAGAGAAGUCAAUGGAGAUUGUCCAGACGUUUUCGAACAUUGCGCCAAUCCUCGACUUCACCAUCAUGGACAUGGGUAAUAGAUCUGGCGAGGGGCAAACGAAUGAAUACUCUUCUGGUCAAGCUCGGAUCGUCACUGGAAGUGGUGCCUACCAAGACGGUAGUCUUCGAAGUGUGCGCAGCGGAGUAGGACUCGAAGAUCUUGGCGUGCUGGGUGAGAUGGAGCUCAUUUCAGACCUCUUCAGUCUGAAGUCGAACCCAUCCGCCGAACAUGUUGACACGCUCUUGGUGACAUUCGUCAAUGAGUCGCGCAUAUUCCGAUUUGAUGCUCAAGGGGAAGUGGAAGAAGUAGAAGAGUUUGCAUCUCUGGCACUGGAUGAGACUACACUUGCUGCCGCCAAUAUUUCACAAGACCGCGUAGUGCAGGUGACGAAUGGACGAGUACGGAUAUGUGAUCUUGACGGCGGCAUGAUCACGUCCGAGUGGAUGCCGAUGGGUGGCCAGACGAUUACAGCUGCCUCGGUCAACGAUACGCAUGUCCUAGUAUCACUCGGUGGUGUUACUAUUGUUUCGCUCGGCAUGGGUGACGGCUUGAAGGUGCUGAAAGAUAAGACCUUCGGUGUCGAAAGCCAAGUAGCCUGCGUGGCUCUCCCAUCUGGCUCAACCAACAUAUGCUUCAUUGGAUUUUGGAAGAACUCGCAGCUUUCAAUCUCCUCUCUCGACACUUUAGAAGCUGUCAAGACUAUCCAAAUCUCUGACGAGUCCGUUCCGCGGUCCUUGUUACUUACUCAAAUAUUCCCAGAACAGUCACCGACGCUCUUCGCUGCUUUAGCAGACGGCAACGUCGUGACUUACGCCUUUGACCCAUCUUCGUAUGAACUAUCAAGCAGAAAAAGCAUUGUUCUAGGUACCCGCGAAGCAACCUUCCGGGCCCUGCCUCGGGGCCAUGGCUUGUUUAACGUGUUCGCGACAUGCGAACAUCCUUCACUCAUCUAUGCUUCAGAAGGCCGCCUUGUCUACUCGGCCGUCACAGCGGAGAAAGCGACAACAGUCUGUCCCUUUGACUCGGAAGCCUACCCUGGCUCCGUAGCCAUCGCAACAUCAGAAGACCUCCGCAUCGCAAUCGUAGACACCGAACGAACCACACAUGUACAAACCCUCAAGGUCGAUGAGACUGUGCGGCGAAUAGCGUACUCGCCGGGUUUAAAAGCCUUCGGGCUCGGUACGAUAAAGAGAAUACUCAAGGGCGGCGAGGAGAUCAUGAUGAGCCACUUCAAGCUCGUGGAUGAGAUACAAUUCAAAGAACUUGAUACAUACGCACUCAACGAAGAGGAACUCAUCGAGUGCGUCAUGCGCUGCGAACUUCCUGAUGGCUCUGGUGGUCUCGCGGAACGCUUCGUUAUCGGUACCGCAUAUCUGGAUGAUCAAAACACAACGGCGGAACGAGGUCGUAUAUUGCUCCUAGAGGUCACACCGGAGCGUAUGUUCAAGCUUGUCACUGAUAUCGCUGUUAAGGGCGGUUGUAGAUGUGUGGCAAUGUGCGAGGGCAAGAUCGUGGCAGCACUUAUUAAAACGAUUGUUGUAUAUGACGUCGAGUACAAAACGCAGAGUAAACCGGACUUAGUCAAAGCUGCGACGUUUAGAUGCUCAACAGCGCCGAUCGACGUCACGGUGAAUGGCCCGCUCAUUGCGAUAGCAGACUUGAUGAAGUCCCUCGUUGUCGUUGAAUACCAACGUGGCGAAACGGGAUUAUCAGACAAGCUUGUCGAAGUCGCUCGACAUUACCAAAUCACAUGGGCAACGGCGGUUGCUGAGGUGGAUAUGAACACUUACCUAGAAAGCGAUGCAGAAGGCAACCUUGUUGUACUUUAUCGGGAUCCGAAUGGUGUUACAGAAGAUGAUAAGAGGCGACUACACGUAAGCGCGGAGAUGCUGCUCGGUGAAAUGGUGAACAGGAUACGUCGGAUCGACGUCCUGACCGCGCCAGACGCCGCAGUCGUUCCACGAGCGUUCAUAGGCACUGUCGAAGGCUCCAUUUACCUUUUCGGCCUCAUCUCGCCCGAACAUCAGAAUCUCCUCAUGACUCUACAAUCCAAUCUCGGCAACCUCGUCGCCGCCCCGGGCGACGUCGACUUCGCCAAAUACCGCGCUUUUAAGAACCAAGUUAGAGAAGAGGAGGAACCGAUGCGGUUUGUUGACGGUGAGCUGAUAGAAAGGUUCUUGGAUAUCGGCGAGGAUGUGCAGAGCAAGGCGGUGGAGGGAUUAGGGGAAGAGUGGGGUGUCGAAGCAGUAAGGGGGCUAGUUGAGGGAUUGAGGAGAUUACAUUAG